UAAAGUCACAGACACGCAUGCAGCCAGUGACACAUGUAACCCCUCAGCAUCAGCAGCAGGCCAGGCGGCACUGGCAGCCAGUGUGCAACAUUUCCCUCCUCCUGCACAAGCACCAUCCCCACCCCGCCCAGGCAGACACUGAGGAGGAGGAUUAGAUGAUGAGGAGAUCUCCCGGCAGCACCGGAUUGCUCGUCACAGGUUACAGUCCUUCAUCAUCAUCAUCCUAACCACUGGAACCCCGAGCGGCUCAGCCCCGAUCUCCCCCCGCAUGCACCACGAUGCUGCCUCAUUGGAGAUGGAUAUGUUUGGCUACAUUGUUCUAUGCUUUGGCAGCUGCAGCCGUCACUGACAAGGUAGAUAAUGAGGACGAGGAUGAUCAUUUGGACAACACAGAAGAAGCCCAAAGUGAAGAACAAAAAGGUUAUUUAGGGAUUGUAUACGAGACGCCCAUCCCUAGCGGUGAUGUGUUUUUUGCAGAGUCAUUUGAUGAUGGAACGUUGGAUGGUUGGAUUCUCUCCAAAACAAUGAAGGAAGAUACUGAUGAAGACAUUGCUAAAUAUGAUGGCCAGUGGAAGUUAGAAGAACUGAAAGAAAACAAGUUAUCAGGAGACUUGGGGCUUGUCCUGAAGUCCGCGGCGAGGCAUCAUGCCAUUUCAGCAAAGCUAAAACAGCCUUUCAUCUUUGAAAAUAAACCUCUAAUUGUCCAGUAUGAGGUCAAUUUUCAGGAUGGCAUUGAUUGUGGGGGAGCGUAUAUAAAACUUCUGUCUCAUUCAAGCAGUUUAAAUCUGGAGGAAUUCCAUGACAGAACACCAUAUACAAUCAUGUUUGGUCCUGACAAGUGUGGAGAAGAUUAUAAACUGCAUUUUAUCUUCAGGCAUAAAAACCCAAUAAUUGGAGAUUACGAUGAGAAACAUGCAAAACGGCCAGAGGUUGACUUGAAAAAAUACUUUACUGACAAGAAGACCCAUCUCUACACAUUGAUUCUGAAGCCAGAUAACACUUUUGAAGUGCUAAUCGAUCAAACCGUUGUUAACCAGGGAAGUCUUCUGGAAGAUGUCAUCCCACCAUUGAAUCCACCAAAAGAAAUAAAUGAUCCAAAAGACAAAAAACCUGUUGAAUGGGACGAAAGGGCCAAAAUUCCUGAUCCUAGUGCUAUCAUGCCAGAAGUCUGGGAUGAAGGAGGACCUAGUAAAAUAGAGGAUCCAAAUGCGAUGAAACCAGAGGGUUGGCUGGAUGAAGAACCUCAUUUAGUACCUGAUCCAGAUGCACAGAAACCAAGUGACUGGAAUGAUGACAUGGACAGUGAUUGGGAGGCUCCUCUGGUUCCCAACCCAAAAUGUAAGACGGCUUCUGGAUGUGGAGACUGGACACCACCCCUCAUUGACAAUCCAAAUUACAUUGGACAGUGGAAACCUCCUAUGAUAGAGAAUCCCAGCUAUCAGGGAAUUUGGAAACCACGUAAAAUACCAAAUCCACAUUAUUUUGAAGACCUUAAUCCAUUCAGAAUGACAUCUUUCAGUGCUAUUGGCUUGGAGCUGUGGUCCAUGACUUCUGAUAUAUACUUUGACAACUUCAUUGUCUGUUCUGCGAAGGAGGUGGCUGACCGCUGGGCCUCUGACAGCUGGGGACUGAAGAAGCUGCUAGCUAGUGCUAAUGAGCCAGGCAUGAUUAACCAGCUCCUGAGUGCAGCUGACGAGAGACCCUGGCUCUGGGGCUUAUAUCUGCUGACAGCAGCUCUGCCUAUGGGUCUACUGGUCCUGUUCUGCUGGCCCAGAAAGAAAAUUGAAGAAGAAGAAGAAGAUGCAGAUUUCACUAUGAGUGAUUUUCUAGAGUCUGACGAAGCCGAACGGAACAGUGUAAAGAAGAAAAGCUUGGAGGGCACUGAAGAUCACAGGGGAAAAGCAGUAUCUGGCAAAGGGAGUGGGGAUGAUGAAGAGACUGAAGAUGCAGUGGAAGAUGAGGAAAUCAGUCAAGAAGAUGACGAAGCUGGUGCCAUAAUGCAUCAGUCUUCAGAUGAUGAGAUGAAAGAGGCAGAUGAAGUUGCCGACUCUGGAGACAUUCUGAAGAAAUCACUCCGUAAACGACGAGUUCGGAAAGAUUAGCAACCCCAAACCAUGUGUAGCACUGUUACAGAGAGCCACAUCGCCAGCAGGCCAGCCUCAGCUUGCUGACACGUGAUAAACUGACCUAAAACCACUUUUUACCUCUUUGUCCAAUAUUUUGUCUAGCCUGAAAAUUUUUCCUCUGUCAUGAUUUUUUUUGUCAGAGUGUUUGUUAAUUCAAUCCUGCAGUUUCUUUGGCAACCUUAGAUCCAUGCCUGUCGUGCAAGAUAAGUAAAAUUUUUUUGUUUGUAUUGUAUUUUCAGCCCAUAUUGAUGGAAAUGGUCUGUAGUCUUAUGAUAUGAUAUGCCUUAAUAUUUAUUUUCCUGGGUGAUUCUCACACACAGCAGGAGGGGAUGCGGUCAAGAUCCCACCGGACGGAAUCCCGGCGGUCGGAAUACCGCCCCCCUGUCGGUAUUGUGCCGGUCGGGAUCCCGGUGUCGGUAUUCUGACCGCCGGGAUUCCGUCCGGCGGUAUCGCGUACUGAUCCCAGCAGGAGACAUAAGUGCGGUAGCAUAGUGGUAUCACCCACUACUGGGCAGAGGGACAAUUUCCUGUGCCCUUACUACUCUCUAGUCUGUGCCAUGCCUCCCCUGUCCUAUCAUACGCUCCUUCUCCAUUCUACUGUAACUCCCUCACUUAUACCCCUUUUCCACUAGCUCAAAAAACAGGGCUAAAUGCACGGGGGCGCGCAUUUACCCGUGUUUUUUGCAAGUGGAAAAGGGUCCCCCCGCAAAAACCCGGAUCAAGUGACCCGUGAAUCCUACCCGGGUAGGACAUGGGAAUGAUCCGGGUAAGAUUGUAGUGUAAAUGGAAGCCGUGUCGAUGUGACACGGCUCCCGUUUACACUGUAUGGAAGGGCUGCGCUGGGAGAUCAUGUGAUCUCCCAGCGCCGCCCCUGCCGCGUCACCAGCAGCGUCACCAACCCGGCAAUAUGCCGGGUUGGUGACUGCUGAUGGGAAAGGGGGCUGAGCACGGGCCGCAGCCGGGUAGCACCUGUGCCCAUAGAUGGAAAAGGGGUAUUACCUGCCAGCUGGGAAACACUCAGCACGGAGUAUAAAGGACAUUGGUAUGAAAGUACCUUAUUGCCCUAUUCAUUGCACUCGAAAGUUCCUUUUAAGUGUGAAAUGUAGGAGCAUCCUUAUGGUUAAGAAAUGUAUUUAGUUUUUAUUUAUUUAUUUAUUAACAAUAAUUUAUACUGUGUAGUGCACAUAUAUUCCACAGGGCUUUACAGGGAAUAUGAGGUCAUUUACAUCAGUCCCUGUCCCAGGGGAGCUUACAAUCUGUAUUCCCCGCCACAUGUAAACACACAUAAACAUGCUAUGGUCAGUUUGUGUCAGAAUUCAUUUUUAUUGGCAUAUAUAUGGAGGGUUUUUUUGUUUUGUUUUGUAUUGUUUUUUUACAUCAACAGGUAUUUUUGGGACUGAUCUCAAAAUCUGUUUAUAUUUUCAUACAAAUAUAUGUGGAAAUUCAAGGUAGCUGCCUAAGAAAACUGACCUGCUAUAGUUGUAUUUGUGAUUUGUACUGUGUCACUUGAUAAAGUUUUACUUGUGUACACUACUGUGGGUGAGGUGUAUCAAAUCUUGGAGAGAGAAAGUGUCAUUUCAAGACUGUGCUAAAUAUAUGAUAGAAGCUUAUUUGUUGCUGCGGCAACUUCGCCACUUCCUCUUUUUCCAAGGCAGGCAUUCCCAACCUUGGUCCUCACGGUACACUACAACAGUGUAGGUUUUAGUGAUAUCCAGAAUACAGCACAGAUGGAUAACUAAAUAAAUGAGGUACUAAAAAAAGUCACCUGUGCUUAAGCAUGGAUAUCACUAAAACCUGGACUGUUAGUGUGCCUUGAGGACAGCGGUUGGGAAUGCCUGCUCGAAGGCUUGAUACAACUCUCCCUGUCUAUUGAAAUUACAUUAUCUAGUUUUUCCCAAAACUUUUAUAGUUUAUUGUUGAAUACAAUAAUGUCAAUGUUUAAUAAAAUAAGGAGACAAUGUACAUUGAUAUUUACAAUAAAUAUUUAAUACAA